AUGGAUUCAAAAGAUAUUAUUGCAGCUUUUGGGCCAUCCGAGUCAUUAAAUGAUGAAGUUAUUGAGAAGAUUAAUACAUUGAAGCAGAUAUUUCAACUUUCUACGGACGAUAUUUUUGUUCGUUGGGAAACUUAUAAUGUUAAUGAAGUUCAAAAUGAUCUUGAUUUAAACACUGUUAAUUUGGAAGGGUUCCAACAAUACUUACAAAGAGAAUUAUCAAACCAAACUAGGGCUACUCCGUCUAUCAAGAAGGCAAAAGAUUUCGGUUCAAUCAAGAGGAAACCUCUUUUACCAAUCAAUUCAUCUAGUCCUAUCGAGACCCCAAAUAAAUUCAGAAAAUUAGGCGAAACUCCUUUCAAGACUCCAAAUACUCAUUUAAAGUUAGAUUCUUCACCUGGAGAUAAUUUCCACACUGCCAAUAACACUUUCCAGAGAUCUCCAGUCAAUAAUUUAUCCAGCUCACCUACAAAACCAGAUUCAAAUUCAGUUAUCGAAACCUUGAAUGCUCAUAUUGACGAAAUUUCUAAUGAUUAUGAAACUGAUUUCAAAUUCAAAAUUGCUACCAAUUUUGAUGCUGCCAAAUAUAAAUUCCGUACCAUGUCAAUGAAAUUACUUGAAAGUGCUGAUGUUUUGGAUGAACAAAUUGAUACUAUGGCUUCUUUAUACCAGGAAGUUCAUAAAGACACUCAAUUUGGAAAUCCUUGUUUAUCAUCUCAAUUUCAAAUUACAUGUUGUGGAAGAAUUGUUCCUGAUUCUGCCUUGUAUGACAAAUUGUUCAAUCAAGAUUUGAAUGCUACUUCUUUAUAUUUGGAGACUUCAAGAUUAUCGGGUAUUGGUCAAAGAGUACCUUUGGACUUGACAAAUGUCAAAGAAUAUAGUUUGUUUCCUGGUCAAAUCGUAUGUUUAGAAGGAAAGAAUCCUACCGGUCGUGGUUUCAUUGUGGAUAAGAUUUUGGAAUUACCUGAACUUGGUGCACCAGUUACUCCAAUUGAAGAAAUAAAAGAAAUAAGUGAAGGGUUCAAAGGUACUGAUGGUUUGAAAUUUGUCAUUGCAUGUGGUCCGUUCUCCAAUUCAAGUAAUUUGAACUACAAUAAGUUCGAACAAUUCAUCAAUAGAAUUAACAAUGAAAUCAAACCAGAUUUGGUGAUUUUAUGUGGUCCUUUCGUUGACUUAAACAAUAAAUCCGUGGUUGAUGGAGAAAUCGAAUUACCUCAAGAAAAAGUUCAACCAGUUAAUUUGGACGAAGUUUUUAAGAAGACAAUUACGCCUAUAUUGAAAAAAUUGAACCCUAAGAUUCAAGCCAUUUUAAUACCUUCUUUGAGGGAUGCCACCGUAAAACAUUGUUCCUAUCCUCAAGACUCAUUCGAUAGAAAAGCACUUGGUUUACCAAAAAACGUCAAGGUCUUCCCCAAUCCAAAUGGGUUCUCUAUCAAUGAAAUAGUCUUCGGAUGUUCGAAUUUGGAUGUUUUUAAGGAUUUGAAAGACGUUUCCAAGAUCGAUUCUUCAAGUAAAAUUUUAUCUAAUAGAUUCGAAAGAAUAAUAAAUCAUAUUUUCGACCAAAGACGGUAUUAUCCAAUAUUUCCUGGUUCCGUUAUAAGGAGACCAUGUAACGAUAAGAAGGUGGUAGAAUCAUUGGAUGGUAUAAUGGCUGAAGAACUUUCUGAAACCAAGAUCGGUGGAUCAUCAUUGGAAGUCAGUUAUAUGGGAUUGGCCGAAUUGGGUGAUUCCUUACCUGAUGUGCUCAUAUCACCAUCAGAGUUGAAGUAUUUUGCAAAAGUAGUUAAAAAUGUCAUAGUAAUCAAUCCAGGUUCAUUCAUCAGACCUUAUAAAGAUGAUACUAAACAAGAAGGUACUUAUGUUGUGAUGAAUACCAGGGUCCCAGACUUAGAAGAUUCAGAUAACGUUGAGGCCAUUAAUGAUGAUCUGAACUUGUACUAUCAUAAUGUAUUCAAACGUUCCAGAAUAGAUAUUUAUAAGAGUUAA